AUGUCGGCCUCUCAACCGGCGUACGAAACAGACGAGGCAAUAAUGCCCAUGGUGCCUCUCCCGGGCUCGCUUGCCAGUCCUGAUCGCCUCUCAACUGAGGAAGCGCGGGCAAUGGUCGAGCGCGCCAUCGAGCGCAACCCCGAACUCGCCGCUGCCGCCCAAGUCUUCCCCAAGUGCCUGCCCACGCAGCACCACAUUAUCUCUGCCCUCCGAGCCAUCCCCGAUCGCCUGCCCAAGUACCUCGAGACUGCCGAGGACGUCGCCGCCAUCUGUGACAAGAUCACCGAGGCAUUCGGUCCAGAGCCCGACUGUAUCAGGAAGAGGGCUGAGGACAUCUUGCACGACAUCACCACCUGGUGGCAUCACGGCGCUCCGCGAAAUGGCAGUUACGAUGAAAUUAACUACAAGCGGCAAGAAAUCAGGAAUCAUGGAAGAGACUGCCCGACUUUGCAUCCGGAGGAGGUCCUCGAGCUUCAGCAUCUCACCCUAGCGACGGAUUGCAUCAAGUCCCCGCACAACACCAAGCAACCGACACGGAAGAAGUGUCCGCCCUUCCUGAUGGCUGCCAGGAUCCGCAAUAUCCUGAACCCCGUCCCCAAGCUGGGUCGGUUCAUACACUACCCAGAGGAGUACCGCGUCCUCUACCGCGGCAUCGUCGAUAGCCGAGUUCCGCCCGAGCCCGUCCCGGUCGAUGUCAGGGCGGGUUCAGCUGCAGGCAGGAAGCGCGGCCCCGCGGAGGCCCAAGACGCGCCCGCCAGCCGCAAGCGCCGCGGUCCUCGAGGCCGUGGUCGCGCCGCUGGGAUUUGA